AUGUUAUAUGGGUUAUUGGGAGCCACUCCUAAGCCUACUCCUCAGCACAAUUGGAAACGAAACUCAUCUCUUCAGCUCAGUCUGCUUGCGUUUCAAAAUGGCAGAAGCCAUGGACUCAAUCAGUUGUUCAAUCUGUUUGGAGAUACUGAAGGAUCCAGUGACUAUUCCCUGUGGACACAGCUACUGUAUGGACUGUAUUAAAUGCUUCUGGGAUCAGAAGCUUGUCUGCAGCUGCCCCCAGUGCAGACAGAUCUUCCCAACAAGGCCUGUUCUGAACAAAAACACUGUCAUUGCAGAAUUGGUGGAAAAACUGACAGAAAUAAAUACGAAGAAGAUUCAGGAGGUGAGACUUAAGAUGAAGGUUGUUUCACCUCCUGAACCCAAUACCAGAGAGGAGUUCUUGAAAUAUUCCUGCCAGCUCACAUUGGACCCCAACACAGCUAAUAGAUAUCUGCGUCUGUCUGAGGGGAACAGGAAGGUGACCAGGAGUGAAAAUGCUGAGUCCUAUCUUCACCAUCCAGACAGAUUUAACUUCUACUGCCAGCUGCUGUGUAAAGAAGCUUUGUCUGGAACCUGCUACUGGGAGGUAGAAAGGAGUGGGAGCAAGUGUAAAGUUGCCGUGUCUUAUAAAGGGAUCUGCAGGAGAGGAGAUGGAGUGGAUGUUAGCUUUGGACGAAAUUAUCAGUCCUGGACUUUGGUCUGUGAUCCGUCUAUCUGCUCUUUCAGGCACAAUAAUAUCAAUACUGAUAUCCCUACCCCCUGCUCCUCCAGAGUAGGAGUGUACCUGGACCACAAGGCAGGAACUCUGUCCUUCUACAGUGUCUCUGACAAGAUGACCCUCCUCCACAGAGUCCAGACCACAUUCACUCAGCCCCUCUACCCUGGAUUCUGGGUUGGUCCUGGUUAUGGAUCAUCUGUGAAGAUACUGACACCAAUAUAG